AUGUUAGAUUUUGUGUUUGACCCAGAGGAGUACUCAGAACUUGGAGAGAAUAUUACUUAUACUCAAGGAAUGAACUCGGCUUUAUACAUCAACAGCUAUCAUCGUCGUAAAGGAGGUUGGGGAAAGAAUAAAACUCACAAAAACCCAAUUGGACAAACCGAUGUGCCUGUAACUAUUCAAAUAAUUGCUGACACUCAUUACUUCAAGAUAAGCAUUAAUGGAGCUACAGAUUUCAUUUACCACAAACAUCGAAUUCCUGCAUGGACUAUAAAUUAUGCUAUGGUCACGGGCUAUAUACAAGACAUCGACUUUUUGGAAUCUACCUCUGAAAAAUGCUUACUGGUUGAAGAAUAUAAAUUGCCUUCAACAAUAAUUAGAACGGAGAAGUUAGAAAAGGGAGAUCAAAUCAUAAUUAAAGGACAAGUUCCAAAUCCAUUCAGUGGAAGUAUCUUUGUUACUUUAAUGCACAGGACUCUCGCUAUGAAUUUAGAAUUUGGACAAAUCAUUUACGGUCUAAAGAUAUACAGUAAUCGAGCCGAAAGCAAUGCAUGGGUGAAUGGUAACUGGAGUCAAAAAGCACAGGACAACAAGAAUAAUGCAAAUAAUUCUGUCAUUCUGAAAGCUGGAGAUAGAAUUCGGAUUAGCAUUAAUUUCGAAGGCUAUAAUGAUAUUAAACCAAUUAUUGAAACUGAGGACUAUAUUGUACAUGACAAAAUAGUCUAUUCUUAUUCAUCAGAUUAUGGAAUUGAUUUGAUUGAAUAUAUCGGGGUAGGAAAAUAUAAAUAA